AUGUCUGACACCGAAAACCGCUCGCCGAGUCCUGGGCCGCAGACCGCCGCAACUCGCGGCAAGAAGAACGCCCAAACGCCCAAGCCUGGUGGCAUCAAGGACCUCAAGCUGCAGCUCGCGGACGCACAUAACCGCAUCGUGGAAUUAGUCGAACGUGCGGAGACGGCUGAGAAGGCGACGGCGGACAUACGUGCAGAGCUCGCUGAGGCCUUGAAGGCACUUGACGCGGCCAAGAACAAGCCGCGCGAGAGCAUCAUGCGCUUUCCCAAGCCGCGGAAGACCGACGACAAAAUUGGGAUGGGCGACAUUACUGCGUGCCUCGAGCUCGUCCCGGACUUUGAAGGCGAAGACUCGGAGGCGCGGGCCGAUACAGCCUACAAAGCUGCCCAGCGCUUCAUCCGGGGUUUGUUCGUCGCGCUCCAGCUUGACCGCACCGAGAAGUACAUCGACGUGCGCUACUCGGAGAAGAUCACUAAGAUGUGUUCCCUCGUCAAGAAGGAGUGCCCUUACAUGAAGUUCUUCGCCGACGACUGGGCUACCCGCGCGCUCAUCCGCCAAUACAUGCGCAACUCGCGCGCGGCGGCCGCCAAACGUGGAUCCGCUGAGAGCGCGACAGGCGGCCGAGUUCGCAAGCGCCAGCGUACGAGCUACAAGCCCCUCGGCGAGAUAGAUGACGAGGAGGAGGAGUAG